UUUUUACCAAUUACCAAAAAAGAGGAGGGACCCGAUGAGCAUCUACAUUCAUAGACGGUAUACCAGUUGCCGCUUCAGUUAAAUCCCACCCAACUGUGAAGAAGAAGGUCGAGAAUGGAUCAAAACCCUAGCAAGAAGAAAGGCAAAAAUGCAGAAAACAGUUCAGAUGUUUUCGCUUCUUGCUCAUUUGCUAGCCUCGGUCUUCAUCCAACACUAUGCGACCAGCUUAAAGAGAGGAUGGGUUUUGAGGCUCCGACUCUUGUUCAAGCCCAGGCAAUUCCUGUUAUUCUAUCUGGUCGACAUGUGCUAGUCAACGCAGCGACUGGAACAGGGAAAACCGUGGCAUACUUGGCUCCAGUUAUUCACCAAUUGCAGAGAUGUGAUCCUCGGAUUGAGCGGUCUGAUGGUACUUUCGCGUUGGUUCUUGUACCAACGCAUGAACUAUGCCUCCAGGUAUAUGAAAUUUUGCAGAAAAUGUUGCACCGCUUCCAUUGGAUUGUUCCUGGCUAUAUAAUGGGUGGGGAGAACCGCUCAAAGGAGAAGGCUAGAUUGCGUAAAGGCAUAUCAAUUCUUGUUGCAACUCCUGGGCGUCUUCUGGAUCACUUAAGAAAUACUUCUUCAUUCAUACACAAGAACUUACGGUGGAUUGUUUUUGAUGAAGCAGACAGUAUUUUGGAACUUGGGUUUGGUAAAGACAUUGAAGAGAUACUUAGUGUACUGGGGUCUACACAAUAUAACUCGUCUGGCAAGGAGAAUUCCAGUUUUAGAGGCCUUGAAGUCCAGAGGCAAAAUUUGCUACUGUCAGCAACAUUAAAUGAUAAGGUUAACCAUCUUGCUAAAAUAAGUUUAGAGAAUCCAAUAAUGAUUGGUCUUGACGACAAGAUGUCAAAUAAAAAACUGAGUCAUGACGAAGAAACUGAAACAAGUGGACUCGAUUCAGAUGAUGCAUUAUUAACAUCUGCAAAAAUAUUAAGUUCAAGUGAGGACUAUAAGGUUCCUUCCCAGCUUCUUCAGAGAUACAUAAAAGUUCCAUGUGGUAAUCGGCUUGUAGUUCUUCUUUCAAUAUUAAAACAUCUAUUUGAGAAGGAAGCUUCUACUCAGAAGAUAGUGGUAUUCUUUUCUACAUGUGAUGCUGUAGAUUUUCAUUAUUCACUUCUGGGUGAGUUUCAGUGGCAACCAAGUCAUCAAUCAGAUUCGGAUUCUAAACAAAAGUUUUUGAGCUGUAAAACUUUUCGACUACAUGGUAAUAUGAACCAUGAGGACCGUAGGUCUACUUUUAAUGCAUUUAAAACAGAAAAAUCAGCUCUGCUAGUCUCCACUGAUGUAGCUGCUAGGGGUCUUGAUUUCCCCAAAGUUAGGUGUAUUAUACAGUAUGACUCUCCUGGUGAGGCCACUGAGUAUGUUCACAGAGUGGGAAGAACUGCUCGGUUAGGGGAAAAGGGUGACUCUAUAUUAUUUCUACAGCCAGUUGAAGCUGAGUACUUGAAGGAGUUAGAGAAACAUGGAGUGACACUAACAGAGUAUCCCCUUCUGAAAUUGUUGGAUAGCUUCUCAGUGUUUGGUACUAAGCACAUGCCAAAGAAAUUUAUUUCAGUAGAGAUGCAUCCCUGGUCUCUUUUUUUGCAGAAGUCUUUGGAAUCCUUUGUUGCAACAGAGGCUAAGAUGAGAAAACUGGCAAAGAAUGCCUUUUGCUCAUGGGUCCGGGCGUACACUGCCCAUCGCGGAGAGCUGAAAGGAAUUUUCAUGGUGAAGAAGCUUCACUUGGGGCAUGUCGCUAAGAGCUUUGCAUUGAAGGAUCAGCCAUCCCUGGUGAACAAAUCAAUUCAGAAAGAAUCUAAGAAGAGGGAAAGGGAUCAGUAUCAGAAACUGAAGAGAUUAUCAAAGAAGAGGAAAUAACUUGUGAUUCUAUAUUUUUUGGUGUAAUAGUUUAUUAGUCUGAUGGGGAGCCUUGGCGCACUGGUUAAUGUGUUAAAGCUCUGGGUUCAAGUUUUAGGAGUGCCUCUUGUCAAAAAUUUGACAAGAGAUGCUUUCAUGCACCGGGUUGCUCCCCUUUUUAAUACUACGUAGUUUAUUAGUGCAUACUUCUAAUAGCAGCGCCUCUAUGUGGCCUUAAGCAACAUAUUUUCCACCUUAAAAGUUCGUGAUGAGACAUUAAUUUUAUUUAUGGUUAGAUGAUGAAGCAUAAGGAUUUUAGAUUUUUAGUAUUAGGGGCCUUUUGGUGUACCGUUUUCUUUGUUAUAUAGCACAAUACUUCUGCGUAUAUAUCUCUCAUUUUCUAACUUUC